CAGACGUACAUGUAUUGAUGUACCGGUAGCAGUGAUCGCCGUAUGAACGAAGGGAAAUAUGCAAACGACUUUCGUAGAGUCUACGCAUCGGAAACAGAUCCCGGAUACGCUCGCAAUGCGUGACAACUGCAUGUGACCUUGUGGACUACAAAACUCUCGAUGUCUCUCGCUCUCAGCUGAUGACUCAGCCGAGUCGACGAUCCUUCGAGUUCGUCCACAUAGUCAUUUCGACCCGAAUACGAAUGUGAUGCUCCAACUGACUGUGUAGCCGGUAAAUAAUUCUAACGAAGAUCGUUUUUGUAACAGCAGCUGCGGGCUGCAGUUUGCACGGAAGGCGCUCGAAUCAGCCGAAAGCCUGUUUCUGAGAUUGUAAGACCUGGCGAUGAAGGACGAGCAUCGUCAGGAUGUAGGGAUACGUUGAGUAUUACUAGACUAGUUCACUAGGACCUGAGCUCGGCGGAAGGUGGGAAGAGGAGGAGGUAGCCGCCUUGCGGCCACAGCAGCUGACCACCACCUCAGUACGCUGUCUGUGAACAGUGCGGACACCUUGCUGCGUGCGCCGCAGGACCUGAACCCAUCAGCGACGGGGCACGCGUGGCUUAUCGCUUCCACCGCUGUCGCGUCCGUCGCGCCAUGCAGCAGCACUGUGGACUGCGUGGUCGGUGUACCACCAUGGAUGGUUGCGGAGGAUGUAUUUCGACCAUGCGGCGGCGAAACCGGAGUAGCGGCAGCAACCGUCAAGUUUCUGGAGAUGUAGAAGAAUUAGAUGGUCGAGUAUCACGAUGUUCAAGAUGUGAACGGAAGUUUGACUUAGCUCUGUGUACAGUAACUGUUGUACCGUACAGUGUACUACUGGUAACGUUACUAUGCAUCAUGGUGCUUGGUCAAGUUAGUCCUGGAGUCGCAGCACAGCAAUCGCAUGCUCACGCACACAACCCAGCAGUGCCAUAUCAAGAACUGGCCAUCGAUAUCAGAAGUCAGGACGUACAGGUUGGAAAGGUUAUAGCAACAUUGGUGAAUCUCACCGAUGCGGACUCCCUGGGUGUCUUGUCUCUAUGCUCCUCACACUCUUUACACUUCUCCACACUGGAUGAUAGACUGACAGCCGGCACGGGCACACAGCUGUUUGCGGUGCAAACUGGACUCCUGGGAACUGUCACAGUGCAAAGCCGUGUUGCGCUGGAUGCGGCAGCCAGUAGACAUUCCCCGAGCCCGCAUGUCAUCUCAUUACCUGUACUGAUUGACCUGUACAACGUAAGUGUUGCGAGUGAUUUGCCUUGGUACUGCCUACAACGCAGUCUGAUUGUUCUGAGAGUGCGCGUUCAUCUACCCGUCAUUCCAGCACUGUUUUCCCGUUCAGAGUACGCAGGCAGUGUGUACGAGAACGCACCACUCGGAACCACUGUCAGUGGCCUGUUGGACGUGCGGGCACUUAGCAGUCACCCGCUGUCGUACACGUUGCUGCCAUCACAUGCAUACUCCGAUGACCUGGUUGAUAUAUCGAUAACACACAGCAGCGGCGGCUACGUGCAGUUGGUAACUAAGCGGAGUCACCAUGGACUGCACGCAUACAACCUCACGCUGUGCGCACACGUCAUCGCUGACGACAACAGCACGCUGAUCAACUCAACGACGCAGAUUGUUGUCACGGUGAUCGGCGUCAACGACAACCGGCCUCGGUUUUCAUCUCUCACGUACUCGUUGACGGUCUCGGAGGAUACAGCGCCGGGAAGCAGUCUGAUGCGUGUGGAGGCCUUCGACGCUGACAGUGGGUAUGACGGCGAUCUCUACUAUCAUGUACUGGAGAGCGUGGCUGACUCGUACGGCAUGCCAUUCGCAUUGCAUGCCACCACAGGCGUGCUGUACACUGCCAACACAUUGGACUUUGAGACACAGUCAAACUGGAGCUUCAACGUCACGGUGCAGGAUCGUGGCCAGCCACCGCACCAUGCUGUGGCUGCUGUUCACAUUACAGUCACCAAUGUCAACGAAUUCUGGCCAGAGGUCACCGCCGAGCCUGCCGCGGUGAAUGUAAGUGAAGAGCAAGAACCGGGCGUGCUGCUUACCACGCUGACUAUUAGGGAUCGAGAUUACAGAUCACCCGGAGUGCUCAACAUCACGGGUGUGCUGUUUCAGGGAGAAGCUACGGAUCUCGUUACGAUCACACGAGUCACGGGCAAUGAAGCUGAAGAUGGCGGGUACAUCACUGACAGGUUUCAGCUGCGCACUGGAAGCAAGAGACUCGACAGGGAGCAGUACCCGGACGGGUUGAUAGUCGACGCUGUGGUGGUGGACGGCGCACCGCCACAACACCAACUGCUGUUCCCCGUUCUCGUACACUUGCAGGACGUCAACGAUCACUAUCCUGAGCUGGAUGCGCUCACCGUCACCGUAUCUGAACUAGUACCGGCCGCUACACAGAUCCACAUCUUCUCAGCCACCGAUCUAGACGAAGGCAAUAACGGUGAUCUUGUGUUCCGGCUGGACGACGAUCAAACUGCGUUUCAGCUGGGCCUGGCAGACAGAUCCCGCGUAGCACUGCUGACAAACACAAGUCUGGAUAGAGAAGUGCAGAGUGAGUACACACUCAACCUCAUAGUGGCUGACAAUGGAACAACACCACAGCAGAGGAACUACUCCAUUUCUGUGCUCGUCGAAGAUGACAACGACAAUGCGCCCACCUUCACCCAGGACGUGUUUACUGCAUCGAUCUCGGAGAGCCUUCAAACUGGCUCCAGUAUACUCAUGGUAACCGCAUAUGAUAAGGAUGUUGGCUCCAAUUCAAGGUUGAGAUUUUCUGUUCUCUCGCAGCAUGAGAAGGAAUUCUUCAGUAUCGAUCCUGUAUCUGGUGAAGUACGACUGAGAAACCCAGUUGACUAUGAACUAGAUCCUAGAGAGUUACACGCCAUCGUCCAGGCAACUGAUCUUGGCACGCCGUAUCGACAGUCUGGCUCCACACUGGUUAACAUCAGCGUGACAAACGUGGAUGAUACCGCACCGCUGACAAGCAUGGCACAGUACACGUGCACCGUCGAAGAGAACUCCGCCGGCCCGCAGCCGUGUGUGCGUGUGUACGCUACAGACCCGGACACUCCGCAGGGAGAGCUGACAUACACACUGAAUGCUUCCAAUCCCAGCGGCCUGUUUGCCAUCGAUGGCAGUGGCACGCUGACAGUGCUGGCAGCUCUGGACAGGGAAGUGCAGGACACGUACACAGUACCAGUCACGGUGGCUGAUGGCAGGCAGCACACGAUCGCCAACGUAACGGUCACGGUGACGGAUGUCAACGAUCAGUUUCCACACUUGAUUCCGUUUGAUGUGAGCAUUCCGGACACGACGCCGUUUGACACAGUUGUGGCAAGAGUAUCCGUGACAGACUCUGAUCUUGCCGAGAAUUCCCUGAUUACUGCGUUCAUCCAGCACCGGUUUGAUGCAAAUCCAAGCAACUUCCCAUUUCACCUAGAUGCAGAAAGCCAUGAAGUCCGCAUGGCUACCCACGAGCAGCUGAUACCCAAGACAUAUUUGUUUUCGGUGACAGUGUGCGAUAAUGCAGUGAUUCGCUCUAAGUGUGCCUCUCCUCUCCCGCACACUAUUAGAGUCUUGCCGUCAAGCCCACAGCAGCCGCAACCUGAACCACCGGCCGCCGUGCCAGCAAUAGUCUUCUCCCAGCCGUUCUAUUUCCAGGUUGCGGAUGUCAACUUGGCUGCCGGUGCAGUGAUUGUCACUGUGAUUGCAGUGAACACACCAGAUGCAAGCAGCACACUGCGGUACUCCAGUACAAUGCAUACCUGCUUGCAGGUGAAUUCCAGCUCUGGGGAAGUCAUCGUCAGCGGUGCCUCGGCUGGCAGCAAUUCAUCGCACAGGAAUUCUACUGCUGCGUCUCAAGGAGAGCGUGCGCCACUCUUGACAUGCGGUGGUGAUAACCAAAUCACUGUCACAGCUACGGAUAUAGCCAACAAUCGUUCUGCAACAGUCAACGUGACUAUUCGUGUCACACAUAAUGCUUUACCACAGCUGUGCUCAAGUCUCUCAAGUCGUCCAUACUAUACUAUCAGCGGGCGGCAGUCAUCCCAGGGCAUAUUCACAGGUGUGCCAAGGGAUGCUGUCUUUAACCUCAGCAGUUACGAUGGCUCAGCAUCGCAUCAGUUUGCCAUUGAUGGCAAUGGCACGAUUCGAAGUGUACCGGCAUUGGCAUCAUCCAUAGAGGGAUGGUACUUUCUGGUCCUAUCCAUUUCACAGCCAAGCAGUGGACUUGACAGCAACAGCUCAGUCCACCAGAACGCCAACACGACACUGUGCAGUGUUACGAUUCAAAUCCAGACGGACGCCUGCCAGCCUAGGAUCCUGCCACACCACUCCACCGAAGUCUGGCAUGUAGCAACCAACGGAACGCGUAUCAUUCGCAUUGGGGAUUUCCACAACACAUCUUUGAGCAACAGCUGCCUGCAAUUUUCCAUGUCUGGUAUCACUGCAAACUCCACACAAUUCUUCAGCGUGGAUGAACUGACCGGUAUUGUGUCCGUUGCAUCAACACUGCCUGGGGAAUUACAACUGCACCACAUAAGUAUUGAUGUUCGGCACAGAGCCACCAAAGAACUCAUUUCCAUGACAACCGUCUCAAUCCUGAUAAAACCCGCCUUCAGCCUGACUCCCCAGUUCAUCGCAGAUACACAGUCGCAGGUGGUUGUAAGCACAGGAACACCUGUCGGUCAAAGUGUAGCUCGUUUUAUUGCUACCAACUUUGAUCCAUUCACAAACUCAACUGAUGUGUUGUACAGCAUUGAGUCAGGCGUUGGUGCCGGAAACUUCUCAAUGAACCCAGAAAUGGGCAAGCUUCAAAUUGGUAGCCCUAUUCCAGCAGAGUUUGAUGGCGAAGUCAUACAAUUGACGAUUGUAGCCACUAGUGUAGCAUCGAUACCGAAGAGUAGUCAGAUAACUAUCACCGUUAUUCUCAAACUGGGAAAUCACUUUGCACCGCGGUUUACUCUCAGCGCGUACUAUGUAACGGUCAGCGAGCUGCAAACAAACGGAAGUAUCUUUCAACUGACGGCAGUCGACGACGACAGCAGCAACAGCCAUCUUCAAAGUGGCAACAAUGGAUUUGACACGGUUAAUUACAACUGUACACCAGCGUCAGGUGGUCAGGAAGAACUGAUCACGUUCUCGCCUACUGAUGGUUUGUUCUCAGUGGCAGGUAGCCUACAAGGUCAUGUGGCUCAGUAUAUCCAGGUUUGCACGGCCUUCGACUUGCCAGGAGAUGGUACGGCAUCGCUCGAGUCUGAAGCUGUUCAAAUCAUUAUCCAGGUAUCCGACGAGAAUGACAAUGCACCGGUAUUGGAGUUGACGCUCACAGGAAUCCAGGUGCAGGCUGAUGCAGGCGUUGGCACUGCAUUCGAUGUAGUGGAAGCCAGCGAUGCAGAUGCGGGUCCGAAUGCCAGAAUCCUGUAUCGCCUGGCCGAGGCAAGCACAGAGUUUGCUAUCGACGCGUUCUCCGGAGCAGUAGCCAUAGCAAGCAGUCUAAGAGAUCACCAUCAGCGCAGUGGUAAUGGCAGCAAUACACGUUUGCUGCACAUUGAAGCAAUGGAUCUAGGAUCACCCAGGCACUAUAGCCAGCAACAGAUUAUCGCGGUGACCAUUGUAAGCGGCAACUUCUAUCCCACCCUGCUACAACCUGCCAUACAAGAGUUCACUGUGAGUCCAGCGCUAUCUCCAGGAUCUCUUCUAGGAUCGCUGAAUGUGAAUGACGCUGAUCGCUUACCAGAGCAGAGAGAGGCAGUUUUCUACCUGCAAGAUUUUCCAUCGCAGCAGCGGCAACAGCCGUUCCAGUUGGACAUCAACACGGGGUCACUGAGCCUAUCAGCUGAGCUCCUGCCAGAACCUAGAGUCCAUUACCUUAGUAUCGCUGUACGGAACGGUGGUUUGCAGUCCUCUGGCCGAGCAGUUGUGCGUGUGCGGCCAGCCGAGCCACGCUAUCCACAAUGUGGACCCACGAAUCGGACUGUUGAGCUGGACGAGGACUUUCCGGGAGGCUCUGCCAUUCUUAACGUGCGCUGUGAACCGCCAACAGCUGACACCAGCUUUCACAUGACACUGCACGGAGAGAGUCAAGGGUUUUCAGUGCUGCAGAAUACACUGACUCUGGUUAGUGUCGGCCACCUGUUCCAUGCUCAACAGCGCCAACACACCAUCCUUCUGAGCAUCUCAGAAUCUGCACAGCUCGGGCCACAAGUGCUGAGUACAGACAUCACGGUGACUAUUCAUGUGCGACCAGUGUCAAGUAAUCGCCAUGCGCCAAGGUUCCUGCCCUCGGAUUUCCUCGCCUUCAACCUCUCCGAGAACACAGCAAUCUCUACAAUCGUUGGAAAUGUACCGGCAGAUGAUCCGGACAGCUCAUCGUUGGUCUAUUUCAUGGAUCAUGGCACAGCAAUAGGACAUGUCAGUGUGAAUUCCACCACUGGGCAACUCCGGGUAGCAGCCUCAUUGAAUCACGAGACUACCAAUGGACUAUUGGCAUUCAUCUCGGCAACUGAUAACGGCGCUGUUCCACAGCGUUCCUCUGCUCGUGUUCAGUUUCGCAUAGCGGAUGAGAACGACAACGCAGCAGUAUUCUCAAGGGGACUGUACCACCUGAGUGUGCCGGAGUCUGACCUAACACCCGGUGCACAUUGCACUCUCAUCGCAGUCGUUGCUGUAGUGGAUGCGGACACUGGCCGUCAACUUGUUGUGGGCCUGCAGGCAGACGGCAGUGCGGCGGCACACACCAACACUGGUCUGGACCUGCUGCAGAUCAAAGACACUGACCUGUACAUGCUGGUCACGAACAACGAGAGUUUUGUUGACACGCGCCAUGGCAAUGUCCAGACAAUCCGAAUCCAGGCCUAUGACCAGGCAGAACCACAGUUUACAUCCUCUUGCUUUGUCAGAAUCACGGUGAGAGAGACUGCCAACCAGCACGCUCCGACCUGCACCGGUGAGACGACAACAAUUUCCAUCUACUCCAACUUCAUCGCAGAGACCGUCGUGAGCAGGGUGAUCGCCAGCGAUGCAGACCAGGGCGCGAAUGGUGAAUUCCGCUUCCUCAAUGUCACCGGCAGUGGUCUGUUUCACAUGGACCCACUCUCUGGACAUGUGCGCCUGACAAGUGACUUGCGUUCAGAGCAGGCUGGGACUAUCCUGGAUACAAUCUACAUUGAAGAUAUGGGCAUGCCGUCACUAAUCGGAGCCUGUACUCUGAAUGUGUCCGUCAUCCUUGCCACAUCAAUCACAAGCAGCAGGCCCCGACUGAGCAGGACCAGCUAUUUCUUCGAUGCCAGCGACAAUGCAACAAUCGGUACUGUGAUUGGAAUCCUUGAUCCGGUACCAAGUGAGCUAGCAUUGCCACCGUACCACUGUACACUGAGUGGCGAAGGCAGUGGUGCAUUCGUCCUCCUGCCGAAUUCUGCGACACUACUUGCUGCUGCCAGUCUGGUCCUCAAUCAAAUGUUCGUGCUGACAGUGCAAUGUGCACGCGGUGGCCCUUCAAGCACUGCCGACGUGACUGUACAUGUCAAUAACCAUGUGGCAGUGGCAACCUUCCAGCAACCUCAGUUCAACCAGUCUCUGUACAGAUUUCCCAUACCACUGGGUACGGGUGCGGGGGAUUUGAUUGAUUGUGUGGCCGCAUACCUGCCCAACCCAUCAAGCACUGCUCUCAGCUACUACUUUCUGGAUGCACCGACUAAGUCUUGCCUGAAACGUUUUUGCGUGGAUGCUCGGUCAGGCUGCCUCAAUUAUACGUCUACCCUGCGUAUCGAGCCAGGGCUAGCAGAGACACUGACUGUGUGCGCAAGCAUCAGUGCCAUACCUAGUGAUCUCUUCGACUGCACCCAAAUCCUUGUUUCCUCUCCGACGAGCAAUCAGCACCAGCCACACUUUCUGCUGCCGUCAUACACCGCCUGGGUUCAGAGAAACUCUACUGUCGGCAAGACAGUGGCCUAUGUACAGGCUGUAGACUUGGAUACAGGUAGCAACGGCAAGCUAGUCUACUCAAUCCUAGCAACUGAGAAUAGUGAUAGUGAUACUGGCAUGCUGUUUGCUAUCAACCAGGACACAGGCGCAGUAAGCCUACAGCAUACCCUGAGCAGCACCAACCAAUCUAACAUCAAUCUCACCGUAUUUGUACAGGACGGCGGAGAGCCAAGUUUGAACGCAACGACACAGCUCCGCAUAGUCCUGGUAUCAGCAUUUGAGCAGCCUCCCAGAUUUGCUCAGACCUCCUACAACUGGAGUAUCCCAGAGAACCGGGUGGCGGGAACGGUCGUUGGUCAAGUAGAUGCUACUUCCAGCUCAGCAUUGCGGUAUGCACUGGCUGAGCCGUCGGCUGAAUUCGUGCUGGAAGUGCAUUCUGGUCGCCUGGUAACUCGCACAGUUCUGGAUGCAGAGGUGGACGAGCUGGGUCAUAGCUUACUGGCCACGGCCACUGACCAACAGGGACGAAUCACGCACACACAAAUCAAUGUAAGACUAUUUGAUCUGAAUGAUAAUGCUCCUCAGCUGACUGCUCCCUCAUCGCCAGUUAACAUCAGUAUUGACACACCUGUCAACACAACCGUGGCACGAUUAUCUGCCACUGAUCAGGACUCAGGUCCGUUUGGAAAGGUGGAAUUCAGACUACUCAACGUAGACAGCGGUCUUCAUUUGUAUCUCUCUGUUGAAGCACUCAGCGGACAUAUUGUCUUGCAGCGGGCACUGGUUGGUAUUGCUGUUCGCCGGGCUGUCAUGAUAGUUGCUGUAGCAGAUGGUGGAAAUCCCGCACUGAAGAGCCAAGCCAUGAUAGCGAUCAACAUUCAGGAUGUGAAUCACCAUCGUCCUGUGUUUCCUCGCGCCGAAGUGAACGUCUCACUUCCAGCACUGGUCCCAGCUGGAUUCACUGUCGCUACUGCCAAUGCUCGGGAUGCUGAUGAGAGAAGUCAACUUCUAUACAACAUAGUAGCAGGCAAUGCUGCCGGGGACUUCAGCAUCGACCAAAGCAGCGGCGAUAUUGCUCUGAUAGUCAACUACAACCUCAGCAGUAUGUACAGCCUUGUAGUACAGGCAUGUGAUGGUCUUCACCGGAGUGACAGCAAUCUAACUGUACACAUUCGCUUCUCAACGCAGCCAACUGUUGAUUUGAUGUUCUCCGAGCCCGUCUUCAAUGCAUCCGUAUCAGAAGCGGCCACGGCAGGCACACCAGUGACCACGCUAACAGUGAGUGAUCUACUCCCAAGCACUCCAUACCUACAAAGGCGAUACCUGUUCACUCUGCUACCACCGCAAGGCUCGUUCUCGGUGGACGCCGCCUCGGGCAUUGUUCGUGUUGCGAGAUCACUGGACAGGGAAUCCAUGCCACUGCACACCAUCUACGUGCAGGUACAAGAUGCAAGUGAGCUGCUCAGAGUCAACACUGCGGCCGUAAGUGUGCACUUGCUGGACAGCAAUGACAACCAGCCAGUGUUUGCUGCUGGGUCGUACAAGUACACGGCAGCGGACACAACAUCCCUGGGAGGUCUGGUGCUCCAGCUUAGUGCCACUGACAGGGACAUUGGUAGCAAUGGAGUCAUCACCUUCCACUUGCUGUCUGGAGAUCCCAACGAACAUUUCAUCCUGGAAGAUCGUACAGGAAUACUCCGUGUCCAGCGUGCGCUCCAGUCCUUGAUUGUGAAUGAGUUCAAUUUGCUGGUGGAAGCUAGAGACCUGGGUACACCAUCACUUGCCACACAGCAGCGACUGGUUCUGACCGUCCAGGAUGAAAACAAGCCCUCGUUCAGACAGGACUCCUACAACAUCUCGGUGCAGGAAGAUCAAGAUAGCGAUAGUUUCCUGCUUCAAGUCGGUGCUGCAUCGCCUCUGGACAACUCAUCUAUCAGGUACACACUACAGAGCGGUGAUCCGAAUCAGUUCCGGCUCGACGAGAUCAGUGCAAAGCUAUUUCUCACCGGGGCAUUAGAUUUCGAGCAGGAGCGAAGCUAUUCUCUGAUCCUGAGAGCUAGCGUUCCAUUCCGCGGUAACCCUCACAUAUUCGAUGACGCCCUGGUUUCCAUUGCCGUCGAGGAUGUGAACGACAACAGACCCUCGUUUCUCUCUCAGCUGUACACGAUCACGCUGGACGAACACAAUGUACCCGGCUUCCAGAUAUUCCAGCUGAACGCCUCGGACCGGGACUCGGGCCUGGCAGGAAUGACACGCAUCACAAUGGACGGUGCUCCAGACAUCAUUGACUUCACUCCCGGCAAUGGCAGCAUUGUUCUACAGCAGGAACUCGACUACGAGAAUGAAACAUCCUACAUCUGGACGGCCGUCGUCACGGAUCUUGGACAGCCGCCGCAAGAAAGCCGUGUGCCGGUGCGUCUGUUUGUCAGAAACAUCAACGACAAUCCACCUCGGUUUCUCACGCCGCAGCGGAACAUCAGCGUUCUGGAGAGCAUCGAUGUAACUGAGAUCGUGACCACGGUAACGGCAAUAGACGACGAUGGCCGACUGACACCCCUCGUGUUCUGGCUAGUUGAUGAUAGCAGCCCUGGCGGUGAUCAGUUUUCUGUCGGCGAGGAAACGGGCAUUGUCAGUGUUAAUCGUAGCAACGUCGCACAGCAACCCGUCUAUAAUCUAAGCAUCGGUGUGACGGACGGCUUGUUUGAGGAUUACGCAGCAAUAACAGUCCAUGUCAUAGAGGAGAAUGACUUCACGCCGCAGUUCAGUGCGGACCUAUACACUAGCACGUUGCUGGAGCCGGUCAAUGCCGGCACGGUUAUAGCGCGGGUGAAUGCAACAGACGGUGACCGUGGGCCUCUUGGGCAGUUUGUCUAUCAGAUCCUGCCCGGCCAUCUCAGCGAUCACUUCUCGCUGAACACCAGCAGCGGAGAGCUGACGCUGACACGCACGUUGAAAUUUGACACAACGCGUCCAACGACUGGCAACACAUACACGGUUACGGUGACGGCAGAAGAUGGCGGUGGCCUGCGUGGAUUCACCAGCGUGUCACUGUUGAUAGAGGAUAGAAAUGACUGCACUCCAGAGUUCGCCACCAAUACAGAUUACGUGUUUCAACUGGCGGAAGGCGUGCCGAUCGGGACACUACUGAUAAGCUCGCUGCCCACGAGAGAUUGUGAUUUUGGUAGCAAUGCCCGUGUUUACUACAACAUCUCCACGCCGCUGCCACCGCCGUCGCCGCCAGGAUUGGAGUUCAGGGUUGACGCAGACACCGGCCAGCUGACCGUGUCACGGCUGAUCAGCGGCAUUGGCAAGCGGCAAUUUCAAAUCCAAGCCACUGACCUGGGCAGUCCACCUCGGUUCAGCAGGAUCGGAGUGUGUGUGGACGUGGUGCUAGCUGCCGAUGCCCCACCGGUGCUUAACGAGACUCUGUUUGAACUGAAACUGUCGGAGGACUCCGAUCGUGCCGGCGAGGUAGUCUUCAAUGUUACAGCGACCACGCACAACCCGGAAAACCUGCCGCUGGUGUAUCUAUGGGAUAUCGACACGCAAGAGGAGCUGCUUCGGAUAUUAACUGUGUUUUCUUUGGACGCCACAACUGGUGUGGUAACUCUGCUCAGCGUUCCACAAUUUGCGUUCGUUCAGGAGAUCAGAGGUAGAGUGAAAGUGCAGGACAGCCGGGGUGGCGAGGCACUAGCCAGCGUUCUGCUCACCAUCCUGCAGACGGAGCGCAACCUGAGACCGCCGACGUUCAACAGUCAAGUCUUCCAAGGCGAAGUGCUCGAGAACGAGCCGGUGGGCAGUUCAGUGCACCUGCGCGUUCCCAUCGGCGCGUUUGACACUGACAUCGGCGACGGCGGCAACAUCGUUUACUUCUUGCCGUCUUCACCGGGUGACAUAGAGUUUCAGUUCAACACGACCACACUUGCCGUGACGAGCCUGGCCGUGUUUGACCGGGAGCAACAAGACACCUAUGAUUUCACCAUCGCAGCACGUGACAAUGGUGAACCGCAGCGCUUUGCCGCACCACCGGCAACGGUGUUCAUUCAGGUUCUUGAUCGCAACGACAAUCCGCCGAUUUUCUCGCACCGCCUCUACGCCGGACGGAUUGCGGAGAAUAGCGUGCCUGGAACGCUGGUGAACAUGAGUCGGGAAACGGGGCGUCUAGUGGUCACUGAUGAGGACAGCAACACACGCCUGCACUUCAAUAUCACAGGUGGAAAUCACAACCUGCUCACGCGGGCACCAGUUUUCCGUUUGGAUUCGGCUGGCAAUGUUCUACUACUGGGAGAUGUAGAUUUCGAGACAAAAUCAGCGUAUGUGCUUAAUGUUACUGUUUCUGAUGGAGUGUUCAUGGACCUGUGCCAUAUUCAGAUCACAAUCCUUGAUGAGAAUGACAAUCUUCCCCAGUUCUCACAGCAGCUUUUUCAGGCGUCCGUCCAAGAAGCUCAGCUGCCAGGCUUUGCAGUAAUCCAGGUCAAUGCAACGGAUGCGGAUUCGCACAUAUUUGGCCCGCUCACCUUCUCCCUGCAGUUUGCAAGCAAUGAGUUCACUGUGGACGAGGCCACGGGCGCUGUCAGAACGAAAGCCGUGCUGAACCGUGAAGAGCAGGACACGUAUGCCGUCAUUCUACGUGUGGAGGACGCUGGUGGCCUCAGCACAAGCGUCCCUCUCAGCGUAACAAUCACCGAUGUCAACGAUAACACGCCGUUCUUCCUCGGUGCUCCCUACAGGCAGAGUAUUACUGAGAACAACGGUUUCCCGGGCACGUUGCUGCAGGUAAUAGCGGAUGACAUGGACAUCGGUGUUAACGCCAGACUCUCCUACGCGUUGCUCGAUGAUGGCAAUGGCUCGUUCGCCUUGCUGGACCCCUCUGUGGGGACGGUGGUGAUCAUUGCCUCGCUGGAUCGCGAGCACAUAGCAGAGCAUGAUCUGGUCAUGGAGGUGGCCGAUGGUGGAACACCGCAGUUAACAGCACGCACAACUAUCAGAGUCAGUGUACUGGACGUCAACGACAACUCACCGGUCUUCCAGCCCAUGUCCAUCUUGGCCAGCGUGAAUGAAACAGCACCGAGCUCGACCAGAAUCGCCACAAUCACGGCCACAGACACAGACACGGGAGCAUUCGGAACAGUGCGCUAUGAUCUGCUGACAGGAAACGGCCUGUUCCACAUCGACUCCAACUCCGGCACAGUGCAGCUGACCAGAGAAGGAGUUCUUGACUUUGAGGGCCAGCGGGAGUACAGCAUACGAGUACAGGCAAGCGAUGGUGACCUACCACCGCAACAUUCAUCUGCAGAGCUCAUCAUUACUGUUCUGGACAACAACGACAACAGGCCAAGAUUCGCACUCAACUCUUACUCGGCGAGAGCUGUGGAAAACGAACACCCUGGCCGCGUCAUCACCCGAAUCACAGCAAUGGAUGAGGACUCUGGAAUCAACUCACAGCUCACUUACAGCCUCACAGAUGCAUUGCUGCCGUUUGCCAUAAAUGCGACGACCGGAGAAGUGCGCACGGCCGCACUGCUAGAUCGAGAACUGGUGGACACGUACUCAGUGGAGAUUAUUGCCACCGAUGCUGGCGAAAUUCCACACUCUCUGUCAGGCUCAACGUAUCUGCAGGUGAUCGUGGACGAUGAGAAUGAUAACAAGCCAGAGAUUGUAGCACCUGACAACUUCACUUUACAUGCAACGCCGGAAAACGAUGUCAGUGGAUCACCGAUAGUGAUGUUGUCGUCACAAGAUUUGGAUGCCGAGGGUGCCAAUUCACUUGUCAUGUACUUUGUCAACGACACGGACAACUUCAAAAUGGUCGGGUCGGCUCUUGUGGCCAAUCGGCCGUUUGACUUUGAAGGUCGUCAUUUGUACGGCGUCCACAUCUAUGGCCAAGACACUGGGCAGCCAUCAUUCGAGACUAUCAAUAGUGUGGAGUUUACAGUGUUUGUAACCAACGUGGAUGAUCUACCUCCAACAGGACUGCACACCAGUGCUAUAGUCACACAACUCGGUGACACAACGAAUAACAACUCCAUUGCCUGCAUUGCUGUCGACGACCGGGAUUCGCAAGUCUCCACGUAUUCAUAUUGUAUACACGGCAUCGAGCCCGCUGGCGAGUUCUUCGCCAUUCGCAAUGAGUCACAGUGCCACCUGUCUCUGGCCCCUGGCCCCGCCCUACCACCGGCGCUGUACGACGUGUCCGUACGGGUAGCAGACGCCGCAGGCCAUACACUGUCCAACGCCAGCGUGUGCGUGAGACGUGUGACGUCCGGACAGCUUGACGCCGCGUCCGUACUGUUGGUGACGGCCAACUCUGCAGAGGAGUUUGCUCGAGCGAUGUCGCUGAAGUCCGAUUGCACUGGCACAUCCACAUUAGCAACUAUCAUAUCUGAUUUGCUGGUAGCAGAAAGGUAUGUGGACUCCGCUGCCACCGCCGCUGUAACUAUGUUUUCCAUACAAGAUGCUGGACAGGGACAGCUCGCUGUUUCAGUCUCUAGCAGCUUGCAGAGAACGCUGUUCCGUGAUGCUUUGCAGCGGUCGUUGGAGGUGCUAUCGCGCCGGCUGGACUUGCAAGUGUCCGCUGUCCGCUCAGAGCGCUGCUCGCAGUCUGCCUGCAAUGGCGCGGGAAUGUUCACAUGUCGCGAAAAGGACACCUACGGUCAACGGGCGGCCAUAACACUGGACGUGGGAGAGUUCACGUAUCAGUCUCACUAUCACUCUACAGGUACGGUCUGUGUAUGUCAUCCACAGCACAUCAUCCAGGCAAACAGCAACGCUGCCGGCAGUAGCAGUGGCGUGUGUAGUGAGAGCAUUGUGGACGCGUGCCUAUCUAAUCCAUGCCUGGGUGACAGCACAUGCAUACACACAGCUAGCGGUGCUGACGGGAGUGGGGUCGGCUACAGGUGUGUGUGCAAUGAAAGUCUGACUGGAAGCAAUUGCCAAGUGCUUCUGAGACCGCCAGUGGAGGUGGACCAACAGUGCAACUUGUUCGGUGCAACGGAGUGCGACGCCAUGACAAAUGCAACUUUCACGAACACAUCCACGCUCAUUCUGAGGCGGUUCGACAUAAGCCAGAUGUUUGCAAUGUCGGUGCAGAUACGCACGGUAGCUAGCAGUACUCUGCUGCUGUAUUCCAGUCAACUGCAACAGGAGGCAGGUGGUGAUUACAUCGCCAUCUUCAUUGCGGACGGGCGUGUCACCUUUGAGAUGUCAUCCAAUGGAGAAGUGAGAAGAGCAAUGGCCAGGAGUCAAGUGGAUGACAGCCAGUGGCAUUUGAUACAACUAGUUUUCAUGGUGGAUAGAAUCGAGUUGACCCUGGAUGGCUGCUCAUCAUCAGCUGCAGCUCUUGACCCUACACUGUGCACAGACAGCAUCGCCUUAUCAGCAACAUACAGAUUUGCUCAUCUAGAGUCACCCGUAUUCAUUGGACGCAUCCCGGACAAGUAUCUUCGGUACCUGCACGUUUGGCAAGCGCGUCCUAGCGCGCUCAACAACAACUACCUCGGUUGCCUACGUCAGUUGCGACUCGGCGGUGCGACAACACCAGCUCUCAACUUAAUCGAGAACUCGGGACCGGCUGCUGGCCUGGUGCUGGGCAGGAACAACAUCAGACCCGGCUGCAGCUAUCUGACAUCGGCGUGCGAGCAGGGUGUUGCGUGUGGCAUCGAGCGCUGCAGGACCAACGCUGCGCCGGUGAACUGCAGCAGCAUCGGAGAGUGCAGUACACAGUAUGACCCGGUGUCCAGGUUCUAUGAACCUCAGUGUCUUUGCCCAGUCGGGUACGUCACGGCUCGGCAAUGCCAGCAAGAAACACCCAGGGCUACAUUCACACUUGGAACCAGCAUUCGCUAUCAGCUAAACACAGCCACUCUGCCAGCGUUGCCGGAGCGCUCACGUCGCCAAACACCGGCAGCCACAGCAGCAGCAUCAGUCGCAGCCUCUGCACUGUACGAACAGGUACACACAACACUCGACGCGAAGCUGCGGACGUUUGCGCUCGGAGGCCUGAUCUUCAAAGUCAACUCCAGCAACUCUUCACUGACCUUGCAGCUGUCUCGAGGUCACCUGCUCGCACAGAUGAAGCUAGGGUCGGCGGCCGCAGUACACAGCGAAACACCAUUGCCCAUCAACGACGGUACAUGGUACACAGCCCGCGUUGCACGCAUCGGAACGUGGCUAUCACUGAUCGUCACCAGCGAUGCUGAACCGACACUACGAUGGCAGGCCAGCGCAACGUCAAGUGGCACGGACACUCUGCUGCGUGUUGACGCCAGAUCAAUCUUUGUUAGCGACCAACACGCUGGCUACGAUGGAUGCCUGACAGAUCUGCGUUGGGAUGGCCUUGAAAUUCCGCUCAUUGCCAAACGCAACCUGCACUUCUCCGUCCUCUCCAAUACUGUGGGUAGUGGGAGCAGCCUGACGAACGGCGGCUGCGAGAUUGAACAAUGUCAGAACAAUGGCACGCUGACCGCGCUAACGCGCAACGGUGUGCGUGCCAUCUGCAGCUGCCUGAGCGGUUUCAGCGGCGAGCGCUGCGAACAGGACGUGGAUGAGUGUAGCAGUGGGCCGUGCCCUGCAGCCGCUGUACUCUGCCAGGAUCUGGUGAACGGAUAUCGCUGCGUGUACGGCAACGCGCCGCUGCAGGGCAACGAGAGCGCCUCGGACAGCGUGAGCAUCGUGCUCAUAUCCCUGCUGGUCAUCGUCGUCGUCAUCAGCUUCACGGCAAUGCUGCUGCGACACUACUCCACACGCAAGAUACGCCGCCUGCAGCACAAGUCCAUGGUGGACCACGUCAUCACCAACUACACGGCUACCACAACCGUGGGAUUGCCAUCGCAGGACGUGGUGCGCCACCAGGACACACGGGGUGGUGCGGCCGGUAACGUGAUGCAGUACGGCGAGGAGGGCGGUGGUCAGCUGGACAUAGCCAGCGUGCACAUUGACUACGAGCAGCUGUUCCGCGCCGACAGUGCCGAUCAACUGGAGUACGACUACGAUGACGAUGAUGAUGGUGCGGACACGAUGGCACGCGGCAACCUGUGUGCCAGUAGCAUUCCCCAAGUACUCGGCAACCGACUGCUGGACUCGAGCAGCCGAUCGACGCUGAAGGUGCUGGACACUCCAGACAUUGGCAGCGGCCUGUCACACGACGCCAAGUCUUUCAUAGACCAUAGCACGCUGAGCAUAGACAAGGAACCCGCGCCGCCGCCGCAAUCGGGUUACGAGACAUUGGACGGCGAAGACGACGAGCUGGUGGCUGUGUUGGCCACUGGCUAUGCGUACUGUCAGCCGGCAGAUGAGGUGGACCUCUACCUUGGCCGCCGGUUGCAACACCUGAUCGAGGACGACGCAGCUCUGGACGUACCAAUACCGUUUGAAGACGAGGGCGAGUGCGCAGAACAGAUGAGCAUAAGUAACUGGUCCGGAGCAGACGAUGACAUCCUUGAUGAGAUCAGCACCGUUAGUGACAGCAGCAGCAGUGGCAGCAACUAUCGCCGUAGAAGCAGCGAUGCACACACGACCAACAGCGGCCCAAUGAGCACCGACACAGAUCUCCUUGGUGAUUUCUACGACGACACAUUGGAUGGCGGAGGGAGCGUGUCAACGGCAACGACAAACGUAUCAACCCUGGUACCCUUGGAACAGAGAUAUCGACUGACGUUCAUGAACAUCUAGAUCAUGCAAUGACUUCAUUGAUCACACCUCGUUCUGGACAUCAACAUAUACAAAUUCAGUACAGUAGGACCCCGAGCUGAUCACAGCAUCAGCCUGGUAAAUCAUUCAAAGCGGCAGCGCAAUAUUUUCGUUACAACUUGAUCACGAUCCCGUUCUGAUGCUUGCAAUUGUUUGUCGCAUGCGCAUUACUGGUUUCUAAAAGUACAUUUUAAUUACCAGUAAACGGGUUCUUGCUUUUGCAUUUCAAACAUGACCGUCGAAUGGCAUACAGCCAGACCUAACUGCAUACCGGUAUUCUCAUUGCUAGGGCAAGCAUUAGUCAUGAUGGAUAACAUAAAAUAGGAUACAGGCGCGCAGUACAUGUAACCGUGCGCUAUUAUUUAUUUUCAUGCUAAUUCUGCUAUCACUAUACUUUCGACUUGGACGCAGGAUUCCCACUGCAUGACCUCA